GCGGCGGCGCUGGGGGAGGGGCGGCGUCAGCGCGUCGCCGGCUGGGCCGCGCCGGUGGCCAGGAGGGAGCGAGCAGGAGGAGGAGGAGGUUGAUCUGCAUUAGCCUGAUUCACCAUAUGUUGAGAGACGUCACUAUAUUUGGAUCAUCAGAUUCUGAGAAGGUUUGAAAGAAGGACCAAUGAGUAUUCUCAUCAUUGAAGCGUUCUAUGGAGGGUCGCAUAAACAGCUGGCGGACCUGCUCAAAGAAGAGCUUGAAGACUGUGUCCUUUAUACCCUUCCUGCAAAGAAAUGGCAUUGGAGAGCGCGGACAUCAGCAUUGUAUUUUUCUCAGAAUAUUCCCAUCAGUAGGCAUUACAGGAUCCUCUUUUCGAGCUCAGUGCUUAACCUGACUGAACUGGCUGCCCUUCGGCCUGACCUUGGGAAAUUGAAAAAGAUUCUGUACUUCCACGAGAACCAAUUGAUAUAUCCUGUCAAGAAAUGUCAGGAGAGGGAUUUUCAAUAUGGAUACAACCAAAUUCUCUCAUGCCUGGUGGCUGAUGUGGUGGUAUUCAACUCAGUUUUUAAUAUGGAGUCAUUUCUCACUUCUAUUGGGAAAUUUAUGAAGUUGAUUCCUGAUCACAGGCCCAAGGACCUGGAAAGUCUCAUCAGACCCAAGUGCCAAGUUAUUUACUAUCCCCUCAAGUUCCCUGAUGUGAACAGAUUCCUGCCGAAGCACAAAGCAGCCCAUUUUCAGAAGAUGCUGAGCCUUAAAGGAAAUGUGAGUGUUACUCCGUCCAUGGCCCCCUUACAGCAGGAGCAGAAAAGUUCUGAGAAUGUAUUGAAGAAUUUUAUCUCAGAAUCUGGGCCUUGUGAUACUGCGCAACAGGAAAACCUGAGUAGCUCAGUAAUGCAAGAGUCAGACUUGAAAACAUGCGACUCAGCAAAUAAUGCAAGUUCUCAUCAGAGGCAAGAUAAACAAAAUCUGACUCUUAAUCCCUGUGACCUUUUGGGUGGAGUUGAUGACCAGCAAAGACCAUUGCAUAUUGUCUGGCCUCACAGAUGGGAGCAUGAUAAAGAUCCUGAGAGAUUUUUUAAGGUAUUAAUGCAUCUUAAGGAUCUGCAACUCAACUUCCACGUUUCUGUUCUUGGAGAAACCUUCUCAGAUGUCCCAGAUAUAUUUUCAGAGUCCAAAAAGGCACUGGGAUCGUCUGUCUUACACUGGGGCUACUUAGCCAGCAAAGAUGACUAUUUCCAAGUACUGUGCAUGGCUGAUGUUGUCAUCUCAACAGCUAAGCAUGAAUUCUUUGGAGUAGCAAUGUUGGAAGCUGUGUACUGCGGUUGUUAUCCACUCUGUCCCAAAGAUUUGGUUUAUCCUGAAAUAUUUCCAGCUGAAUAUCUGUAUUCUACACCUGAACAGCUCUCAAAAAGGCUCCAGAAUUUCUGCAAGAGACCAAAUAUUGUAAGAAAACAUCUCUAUAAGGGUGAACUGACUCCGUUUUCUUGGGCAGCCCUACAUGGUAAAUUCAGGUCUCUGCUUACUGCAGAACCUAGGGAAGAUUUGUGACAGAUGGGGCUAAGUCGCAAACUUGCAGCCUAAGGCAGAAUCUGUAGAACUUUCCAGAGUGUGCCCAUAUUUACCUGAUCAGAGAGAAAAGAAAAUCUGCAGAGGAAGCUGAGCCUGGCUGCUUGUCAUAGCUGACACAGAGCCAUCUGCCACAAACCUGUGGCGGCUUCAGAUCUCCAAUCCCUGCCACCACCCCAACUCAAAUUAAAUACAGAUUCCUAGAGACGUUAUGAUGGUUACACAUGUCCUCGGCAUCACAUGGAGGAGACUGUUCAAAAAAAAAAAAUAUGUGGCCUGUUGUAUAACCGCACUCAUGUAUCCCAUAUGUGGUGCCACAUUGAAUUUCCGGUUGAAUCCGUUUUUAUCCUUUGUACUGGAUGACAUGGUGCCUGAAUUCUUUCUCUUCGCCGACACGAUGGCAGCCAAACUGCAGCUUCAAAAGCUCUCACUUGGCUGCGUUUCUACCUAGGUUGCCAGGUUAUCAUCGGAGCCUUCUUGUGUCCUCAAAGGGCCACAGGGUCUGAAAGAAGAAGCAGAAUGCCACCAGACGGAUUGGGCGGCAUCUCAGAACUGUGUGUGGGCAAAGGGCUGCUUUAGCACUUUUAGCAAAUUAAUGGCUCUCUGGCACAGGGGGCUUUAAGUGAAGGUAUUAAUAAGGGGCCUGGCAGGUAGUCCCAUGAUUCACAGUUACAUUUGCAUUUAAUUUAUCUCAAAGAAAGUUGUGAGAUAAACAGCUGUAAUUCGGACAAACAGAGGAAAUACACAAAGUGGGGCCCUCUCAUCCAUAAAAUGAACAUUGAGAUACUUGUUUUCAUUUUUUCCAGGGAUAAAAAUAGAGAAAUAAAAAUACUCCUAACAAAAGCAGUAAUUUCAAUGUAAAUAGUCCUGGAAAAUAUUUGCAUCCAGCUACACACGUAAUCUUUUCAAGAUAAAAGAUUAUGAUUCCAAUAGUAAAGCUGCUGUAUUUGUUGAUGUGGAGAUGUUUUGUACGGCUAGAUUGUAAAAUAAAUUUUUAAUAAAGUG